AUGACCGCCUCCAGUCCGAUUCCCCCACCAGUAAAGUCAGUGGUACAUCUGGAGGUGAAAUGGGACCAGAACUCAGUGGAACCCUGGACGGAAGUUAACAGGGUAGUGGUCACCGUGUCACCUCCUCAGUGGGUGGGGGACACUGGUCAGGUUGCCAGCAGGAGGAGAGACGUGUCCUCAGGAUGUUUUCUUUGCAGAUUCACCAAGAUGAGCCUCAAGGGUGCACCGAGACUCCUGGACCUGGCUGUGCAGAGCCUGGUGAGAAACGAAGCCUUGGCCAUCUCUGCCCUGGAGGAGCUGCCCAGGGAGCUCUUCCCACCGCUCUUCAUGGAGGCCUUCACCAGGAGACGCAGCAGAGUCCUGACGGCGAUGGUGCAGGCCUGGCCCUUCACCUGCCUCCCUCUGGGGUCCCUGAUGAAGUCACAUGACCUGAAGUCAUUGAGAGCUGUGCUGGACGGGCUGGAUGCGCUGCUUCUCCCCCAGAAGUUUCGGCCCAGGAGGUGGAUCCUGCAAGUGCUGGAUUUGCGGGAUGUGGAUGAGAACUUCUGGACUGUGUGGUCUGAAGCGGUGGCCCCUACAUGCUCAACAAACGCCCUGGGUAAGAGGAAAACAGGGAAGGACUGUCCACGUUUGGGAAGGGAGAAGCCCUUCCAGGUGAUUGUAGAUCUCUGCCUCACUGUAAGAACAGUGGAUGAAUCCUUGAUCUAUGUCUCAGUGUGGGCCAGGCAGAGGAAAGAUUUCGUCCACCUGUGCUGUAGGAAACUGAACAUUCUUGCAGGGUCCUUGGAGAUAAUCCGAAGUGACCUAAAAACAGUGGAGCUGGAGUGUAUCCAGGAGGUGGAGGUGAAUUGCCAUUGGAAGCUGCCCACCCUGGGACGCUUUGCGUCUUACCUGGGCCGGAUGACUCACCUUCAGACACUCCUUGUCUCCCACGUCAGUGCACCUGCCUACCUUUCCCCGGAGAUGAAGAAGAAAUAUCUGUCCCAGUUCGCCACAUCAUUCCUGAAGCUGGACCGUCUCCAGGCGCUUCACAUGCACUCUGAUUCCUUCCUUGAAGGCCACCUGGACCAGGUGCUCAGGUGCCUCAAGACCCCACUGGAGACUCUCUCAAUGAACUUCUGCUCGCUUGUAGAAUCAGACAUGAGCCAUCUAUCUUGGUGCCCGACCCUCAGUCAACUAAAGCACCUGGUCUUGACUAAUGUGAGACUGACCGAUUUCAGCCCUGAGCCCCUUCAACUUCUGCUGGAGAGAGUCGCUGUCACUCUGCAGACCCUGGACCUGGAUGACUGUGGGAUCUCAGAUGCCCAACUGAGGGUCAUCCUGCCCAGCCUGAGCUGCUGCUUCCAGCUCACGACCUUCAGCUUCUGCGGGAACCAGAUCUUCAUGCCAGCCCUGGAGGACCUGGUACGCCACACCGUUGCACUGAGCAAGUUUCGCACGGGGCAGUACCCUGCGCCUCUGGAGAGCUAUGAUGCUUCGGGAACUUUCUACCAGGAAAUACUUGCCCGAUUUGUGGCUAAGCUGAGGCGGACACUGAGGGAUUUGCAGUCGAAGAGUAUCUUCUUUGGCAUAGUCCCCUGUCCUGAGUGUGGCAACGGAGUCUUCUAUGACCUGGACAUGGUUCGAUACUGA